AUGGCUAUCGUCGUACAAGAGGCAUCUGACGCCGAUCUGCGUCGGGCAUGCGAAAUAGAGACCGCCGCAUACGCGAAUAAUCCUUCCAGCCCCAUCCUUUUUCCCGGACCAUUCCCUCCAGACUCGCCUGACAGAAGAGUGAACAACCUCAUCAACAUGAGAAAAGAUGACCCGAGUGCGAGAUACCUCAAAGCCGUCAAGGAUGAGACUGGCGAGAUGACCGCGUUCGCGAAAUGGCAUAUCUACGACACGCCUGAAGCAGCAGAAUUAGCGCGCGAAAGACCAAUAAAUAUCGGUCCUGGCAUGAAUAAGGAAGCGUGCGAGGCUUUCUUUGGCGGCAUGGCGAUGAAGAAGAAAGAAAUCAUGGGGACGAAGCGGCAUCUUUAUCUACACAUGUUACAUACGGAUCCAAAGUACCAAUGUUGCGGUGCUGGAAGCGCAUUGCUCAAGUGGGGUAUGCAGAAAGCAGACGAGCUUGGGUUACCUGUCUACCUUGAAUCAAGUACUGAAGGGCACCAUUUCUAUCAGAAGCACGGAUUUAAGGAUGUUGACGUGCUUCGAAUAGACUUUAGCCAGUUCGGCGGAGGUGAUGUGAUGCAUGUCGCACCGCUGAUGAUCAGAGAGCCUGAGAAGACGACAUGA